GGGACACAGAGGUAAGACCGCUGGCUCGCACCGACGGGAAAGUAAAGAACAUUUAAAGGACAUUUCACAAGGUCACUGUGAGCGCUUACUUCCUUCCGUUCGUGCUGCCACGUUAUUUUUUGCGUUAUUGUGUGGUGUGAAGGACGGUUAACGGGAGAAGAUAACGUGCCUCUCUUUCUCAGCCGGAUAUACUGACAGCUGCCUCCAUGUAGCUGACGUCAUUUCAUUUAGUUGCAUUAUAUUCAACAAAUACAACGAUCAUAUUUGUUUCGUACAGUUCUCUACAGUGUUGAUGUUCUUCACUUGGGCAUUUCAAUGUCAUGCUACUUUAUACUUUAACUUCACCACGUUUUUCUCCACAACUUCCCCUUGACUAUAGCUGCUCCGAAGAUUCACUUACAAAACAUCCUCUUAUAACAUGUGGCAUUGUUACAGACUACCCAAUAGUACACAAAGGAGUGAGAAUGAGCUCAGCUCAUCAAAAUGUCUCUGGCAUGUUGAAAGGUACCCCGGACUCAGAAAUGGAAGCAGCCUGCAAAGCAGAGACGUCCAGAAAGAAAACACCUAGUUUGGAUCCGUCCGCUGCAACACAGCUUCCGGUGAGCACCAACUGCCUGGCGUGCUCAGAGGACGGCAGGUACCUCAGCCUGGGUCACUCCCAGGGCUUGUCUGUGUGGUGCGCAUCUUCUCUGGUCUGUGCUGCAGAGUGGAAGCAGGACGCACUGGAAGUUACAUCUAUUCAGAUGACCAGAAUGGCUGAGACCGCCUAUCUGCUCGGCGCUGUUGACGACAUGGGUGUUGCCAGAGUCUUUGCAUAUCACUGUGAAUGUAUUCACCUCCUUAGUGUUAUUAACAUCAUGGAUAAUAUCAACAAAAGGAGCAUUUGCUUGACAUUUGAACUGUCUGAAGGAGGUGAUUAUGGAGCUGCAUCAAUCAGCUGUAACGGUGCCGCUUGGCUCCAGGUUUAUCACUUCCCCUCAGAAGCAUGGCUGAAAGAGAUGGAGACGGCACUCUCACAAAAGCAGGACCCAAACUCAUCUGAAGAUGUGGAUAUGAAAUGGUCUCCAGUUGCAGUUGUGAUUAAAAUAAAGCCACCCAAAAUGCCAGCAGGGACGUUGGAUGGUCCACUUGAGGUGUUCAGGAUGACAGAUUGGUUUUCACGCUGUUUGGCUCAGGAAGUCGACACCGGCAGCAGUCGUCAACAGGAGGAACAGUGUUUUGACAGAGAUGCAGGAAAAACAAAGGAAAAGAAAGAAAGCCCACAACGUUGCACCCAGCACUUCCUUUGGCCUUGUGGUCAGUUUCCUGGUGGCGGUAAAGCAAAGCCAGCAGGAUUGCCUGUUGCUGUCAGUGUGUGGUGGAGUGGCAGCCAUAAUCUUCUUCAGUAUUUGCUGCAAAAAUCACCAAAGAACAAAACAGAUGUGGAACCCAUGCCAGAUGUUUUGUGGCCAAAUGCAAAGAAAAUCCUCUGCUCUGCUGUUAGUAGAUGCAGCCGUCACAUAGCUCUUGGACUCGAUGAUGCGUUGGUGUGUGUGUGGGACAGGAAGUCUGGUUCUCCAUUGUCGAUUGUCUUAGUGUCAGCAGCAGACAGUGCCUUCUUCAGGAUGCAAUUUGUGGAAAACUGGCCUGAGCAUGCUGAUGUUUCCCAGACUUUUACCACAGCAAAAGUCUGUCUUAUGUUGUUGUGUAAAAGUGGAGCCACUCAUACAGUCACCGCAGGAAGAGGGACACAGUCCUGCAUAGUGCAGCUCUCUAAAAGGCCAAAAGACAGCGGGGACAUUCCAACUGUCACUGCAUCAGUGCCGUUCCUGCAGAGUUUGUCGCUUGUGGUGCAAAGAAACGGAAAAAUGUUCCUUCAAGAUGUCAUCAACAGAUCCAGUGUUUGCUCCUUGAAGCUUCCCACAACUCAUCGGAUUGCAACUCCAUGCCAUCCUGUUUAUGCUCUGAACACCAAACAGCAGACUCUGUUCAUACAAGGUGACCAGGACUCCAGCUGCACUGCGUCUUCUGAAGUAGGAAGCCAGAGUCAGCUUUUCAUCUUCCGUUUUGGAGAGCCAGAUAUUAUCAAGCGGUAUAUUGUUUCACUUCCAGACUCUCCACGACAACUAAACACACUGAGCUGCGUAACGCUGGAGGAAACCUGCAAUCUCUACUUCCAGCAAAGAGCACUGUCUGUGGAUGAAAGGAACAACGCUUUAAUGCAGACAUGGAAGCAGCUCCCGGAAACUGCAGCGACGGUGCAACAGACACAGCAGAGCUGCAGCCAGCUGAAAAACUGCAGCUCUUGAUUCUUUUGCACAGUACUAUUAUACGUUUUGUUUGUGUGCACGUUCAUUUUAUGUUGGUUAAAAGCUUCUUCUAAUUCCCACCACCUUUAACUGCACUGUUCAUCUUAACGUAUAUACAGUGCUCAUUUACACACAGAUGGCAUUUUCCAUGGGAAAACACAACAAUUAGUGCAGUAUAGUAAUGGUGAAUUGUUGUUUAUAUUUUUAAACAAAUGUUUAAAGUAAGUGGAAAAAUAUUUAUAUUCAAAUGUAUCUGAAUCAUCAUAAGGUUUUGUCUUGAAAAAAAGUUUUGAACAAAGAAAUCUCUUCUUUUUUUAAUAUAUUUCUUCCAAAUUUGAAUUUCAGGCAGAAAUAUUUUUCCAAUAAACCAUAGAUGUUAUAUGUUUGGGAGUAGCAUUGAAUCCAGUAACUCAUGUUUAGCUUGCUGCUAAUUAAAAUAAAAAAGAUUCUCCAG